AUGGUAGACUGUUCUAGCGACAGACAGUACCUGGCGCGGUGCGCCUACGGCGACUCAGAGAAAUCAAUUGAGGUUCACGGCGCCAAGAUGGAGACAUUCAACGUGGAUAUCCGCAAGAAUGGCGCCAUGCGCAAUCGAGCCAUGGUGCUCUCCAGCCUUACGGGUCUGUGCGCGGCUGCAGGGGUCGCUGCCGUGGCUGUCGGCGCUCCACAAAUAUUGGUCGGCCUACAGAGCGUGCGGAGCCUGCCAUGCAUGAUUCUAUGCACGGUGGCUGGCGGUGUGUGCUUGGCGUAUGUGUCAACCAGCUCCUUUUCAUUUGAGAGGACUAUUUACGACCUUGAAUUACAGCGUGAGAUGUGGGAGAUUGAUAAUCACCUGUCUGGUGAGCUGCAGGAGAUGCUGGCCAUCUACAAGGGCCAGGGGCUGACGGAGGAGGAGGCGCUCAUUGUUACCCGCAUCUUUGCACGACAAAAGACGGUGUUCGCCAACUUGAUGAUGGUUGAAGAGCUCGGCUACUCCCGACUAGAGCCGCCUACGACGAGCGAGGCCGCCAUGAACGUUGGCGGCCCCGCCAUAAUGGGCUUCAUGAUCGGCGUCGCGACGCCGCUGUUAUGCUUGGCAGGUGCUCUGCGUGCAUUUUCCUGCGGCCAGGGCGAUAGCGUAGGAAGUAACUGCAGAGGUGCAGUCGCUGAUUCGUCUGUGUUAGCAACACGGACGAAGUUGUUAGGCGCAGGAAUCUUCUGCACCUGUAAUGCAGUACUCAGCUACGUGCAGACGGAGGUUUUUUUUGGCGCCUAUGCACAUAUGCCAGCUCUGAUUCACACUACCGUGUCGAACGCCAUCGGAAUAGGCUCCGUGUUCGGUCUCUGUUACUUAGCGGCGCGUUGGGCGUGA